AUGGAUGACGGCUCCGAGAACGGCAGCCAGGAACACUACUCUUUACUCACCCGGAUCCUCACAGCAUGUACUCGUCCGUUCCGGACUUCUGACCAAAAAUCAACUCCUGCCUCGCAAUUGAAGACUGCAUCUUCUAUUCGAGGAGCGUCACUCAACGCGCCUCCAUUACAUCAACAACAAACAGGUAACAGUCACCCUGACAGAAAAGACAAAAUGCACAGUAAAGCCAAAGAGGGGCAUGGAUGCCUCCAACAAUCUAUCAACGAUGAAUCCUUCUGGCAGAUGCCUGAUAUGGAGCUCCUCCAGCUCAUAAAGUCCGAGUUCCCGGAAGAAUUGGAACGGCUCAAGAAGGCCACGUUUUUGCGCAACCCGGAUGCACCUCGCCCAGAAGGCCCUUCGAUCUCAGAGUCACUAUACGGACAGGAUUUUGCCGAGAUCAACCGCACCCUUGUUGGUGUUUUGGCUCUCCGAUGGCUUUACAAUGAUAACUACGAGACUUUUGUGGGCACCCAGGGCCCGCCGCCCGUUGUGUUGAAACACGACUCCUUCGACUGGCUGCGUAACCUCUUUCAAAGAGGCCUCAGAUCCGCAGAUGACACCUACGCGCUCAUAACUUCAAUGGUAAUCAACGAUCUGGGCAAAGACCCCACGCUUGCCGCAGACUAUGCCGCAAGGAAAGGGAUUGAUAUCUCCCAGGUCAACCACGACAUGAUUCUCUAUCACGCAGUUGAGGCGGGGAUGGUGCCUGCGCUGGAGAGCCUGACACAAGAAGACAAGGAGUAUCUCCUCUUGGGCAUCACACUGGGCUCGGACUUCAAUUUCGGACAACUGGCUCAAGCAGAAAAUGCACCGGCUUCUCUCUCGGGACUCGUGGAAAUGCGAGGCCAUGACCGCGCUUUUGAGAUGCGUUUCAUGGAACAGAUCCUGGAUCUCGCGGGAGCCUCUGGACAUGAAGACUGGACCUGUGCUAAGAAAAUGAUUGAGCCCAUCUUCCAGUCGUAUAAAAACGUGUAUCACGUUGCCCACGGCAUCAUUCAGGCAAAGAUGGACGUUCGACAGGGCUACGAUAUCAUUCUGAUCCGAAAGCUGGAAUUACUCCACCAAGCUGGUUAUACCCGCCAAUUCAAUGUCGAAAACCACACAGAUCGUGCCCUGAUGCGACUGUUCUGUCUGGGCAAUACCUCGAGCCCAGACAAUGCUGAUGUAUUUUACUACGCCUUCAAAGAAGGUCUGUCCGAGGAAGUGCGAGAGAAAUUGGUACAUGGCCUAAAUGUUGACGGGUCCAUCGAGGAACCUGCCGUGCAACCAACGUAUAUUCCGGCGAUGUUGACAAAGGCUGUGGGGAGGACCUUGACCGGCUCGCAGGAAGAGAAGAUCAAAGCUGUCACUGCAGUACUGCGAUAUCUUACCCGAUGUCUGGAGCUGGAUGCAUCAAGCUUGGGGAAACUGCCGCGAGGCGUGACGGUGGUUGAGAGGGACGUGAGAAAGAUCAGUCCUGUGCUGGAGAGCGACGAGUUCAAGCACGAUCCCGAUAUCCUGGACCGGGAAGAUAUCCCCGGGGAGCAAGUCGCCAAUAUGGCUCGCGAAUUUUGA